AUGUUGGCUUCAUCAAAGGGCUUGCUGGCGCUCGGUUUGCUUGUCUUCUCCGUCUCAUGUGCGGAGCACGGCAGCAGGCAGGAUGAUGGAUAUAUUGGCUACCGUCUCGACCAGCGAGGCAAUCCUGAGUCGGCAAUCUACGAGACAGCCAACACCAAUACCGACGCAGACAGCAUUCUACCAGAGGAUCCCGAUGUGUAUCUGAAUGCAUCAGUUUCGGUCGGCGAGAUCGACAUCGAGGUCGACAAUAUAACGGCCAAGGUUAAUCUACAGGCCGACGUCCUGAAGUUGCUUCACUUCAGCGCCGGCGUCGACGCAUCCAUCGAUAGGGUGAAGCUCACAAUCCAGAACAUAAGCGCCAAGGUCGAGCUUGAGGCUCGGUUGGAGAAUGUCGUUCAAAUGGUUGGGGACGUGCUGGAUUCUCUCGACUUGAACCCAAUCAUAGCGACUCUGGGAGACGACGUCGGAAAGAUCGUCAACGGUACCAUUGGCGACCUGACAUCUGGAGACUACGGCGGCACCAAAACUAAGAGGAACUUCGCCCUUGACGAAGGAAUACUGUACAGCAUCAAUGACUUUACAGGCAACACGCAUACCAACCGCGUGCUGGCACAGAGUGGAGAUCUGUACGACGUGAAGCUGGACAACGACGGCGAUGAAUCGAGCCGUACAAAGGUGGGCUUUUACGACCGGGACAUGACUUUCACUGGGCACAACAAGACGAUCAGUGUCGAUGGGGAGGUCAAGGAGUUUGAGUUGCAGUAUGAGUACACUCCCUUCCCUGGGAUAGAGAGUGUCUGUUGGAUCUACGUGAGCCCGACGGGCAAGGUGACGCGAACACAGGUCAUCGCGGAGAGUUUUGGAGGUGGAUCUAGCACUAUUAGCGACGAUGGUGUCGACGACCUAUGA